AAGAGCUUCUCAGAGUUUCGGACCAUGGAGGCACCCGGCGCAGGACAAACUCUGUUCACUUGUUUUUCCUCGCCUGAAAGUAUCAGAAAUACUUAUUAAUUAUCACAACCGAAGGCAACAUCACCCGAAAUGGCGUUAUAAUAUAAUUUAUAUUUCCAACAACUUUUCUUUUGCCAAACUGGAAUAACAUUCACACUGUAACAGGCAAUUCAGCAGAUAGCUAGACAGAAAAGGCUCUACAGACAACAUGUCCAUCACCACCAGUCAACCCUGCAAGCAGGAAAGGAAAGGCAGUUUCUUCAAGCUGAUCGACUCAUUUGCCUGGGAGAUCGGCACAUUAAAGAAGGAGAUGGGGAAAAAGACGAAGCCUGCAGAAGGAGGCCAUGAGACAGAUACACUUGAUGGACUGGGUGAAGAGGUUGGAGGUCUUUUCCUGCAGGCCUCCCCUCGUGCUGGGAUCAGAGCGGGCCUGGCUGGAGCCAGAGAUUCAGGCUACGACUCCCUCCAUCGGAGGCUCAGUGUUCUGGACAGACUGGUGCAUACGCAUGCUGUGUGGCUACAACUGGGCCUCAGCCACCAGGAUGCCGUACAAAUACUGCAGAACCAACCGACUGGGACAUUCGUGGUGAGGAAGUCAACCAGCCUGCAGAAGAAAGUCAUAUCUCUUCGCAUGAACAAAGACUCAGCAGUUCCCCUCAAAGACUUCCCUGUUAAGGAGAGCCAAUACACUUUCUCUUUGGUGGGAUCAGGGCUGAGCUUUGCGGACCUUUUCCGUCUGGUGGCAUUCUGCUGCAUCAGCAGGGACGUGUUGCCCUUCACUCUGAAGCUUCCAGAAGCCAUUGCUUCAGCCAGAACGUCUGCUGAUCUUGAGGAGGUUGCUAAACUUGGAGCAGGCUUCUGGGAUGCUCAGUUGUGCCACAAGAGGAAGGGCUCGGUCUCCUUAACAGGAAUAGCUGCUCCCGACAGACCACCUCCCCCUGCUCAGAGACCAGUCUCCUUGGCAACCACACCAGGGCGCCCUCGGCUUCGAACUCGCACCCCAUCUGAGCUCGAGUGUUGCCAGUCCAACGGAGCACUUUGCUUCAUCAACCCCCUCUUCAUAAAGGUUCACCAGCCAGAUGGUGACCACAGCACAGCCUCAAAUCCCUCUGGUACAGCAAAGCAAGGUCUGAGGGAGGAGCUCGUUAGUGACAGCCUAGAAACCAACAAUAAGGACACGCAACACACUUGUAGAGACAAUCCUCAGAUCUGUAGCUCAGAUCAAAGCGACAGUAGCCGAUCAGGUCACAGCAACACAGAGCUACAGGAGGAUAACAGCCAAACCAGUAGCAGCAGUCAGAGGCUAAGUGCUGCAGACAGUGUGCCACGGUCCCCACCUCCACGCCCACCCCCGCCUCGCAUUGUGCCGCAACACUCAGCCCCUCUUCUCCGACAGCGCAGCAUGCCAGAGAAAAUCUCCUGGAUCAAUGUCCCCAAGGAGAAGGUGGAGGAGAGGGAGAGAGGCAGCAGCAUCCUAUCUCGUCUGGGCUCCUCUCUUAGUAUCAGCCCCUCAUCCUCCCCUCCCAAGAGACUCAGCAUCAGCUCCCCCAUAUCCAUCCCCCGGCCCUCCCUGCCCAUCUCUCUAUCAUCGCUCUCCUCCUCUCCACGUCGGGCCAAGGCCUCAUCAUCAUCGUCCAGCCAGGAGGAUGCCCAGUGCCACUUGGCGCUGGAGGACCAGACUAUUGAGAAGGCCCUCAUUAGGGCCAGAAUGACUCAGCUCAGCGCUACCAGAACCCCUGCCCAAGACUCCAGCUCUCCUCCAGACCCGUCACUGAUUACAGCAAGCAAGCAGACACGUGUGGCAAGGGGAGAAGAAGAAGAAACAGGCGAAGAAUGCAGUGGUGGCGGCCAGCGACUGAGUGACAUGAGCCUCUCCACAGAUUCCUCAGACUCCCUGGAUUUCUCUCAGUCCUCAGCCUUCUUCCUUCCUCCUCUGCAUGACCCCAGCCCCCCCACUGUGGCUGACUUUAACACCCACCUCCCCCUCUCCCUCCCACCAUCCCACCUGCCUUACUGCAGCAUGGAGGAGGACGACGAUGAUGAGGACGAUGAGGAUGAAGACGAGCCCGACUACGGUGUUAGUCUUGAGAGCGACCAGGACCAAGACCAGGACCUGACCAUGGUGCCUCCAGGCCACCGCACCAAGCGCCGCACCAGUGCCGGUGCUUUGGUCCUGCAGAAGGCUCUGCGAGGGCACCUGCGCAAAAUGAGUGGUGUUUUCAACUCGCUGCUGACGCCUGAGAAGAGGGCGAUCCGCAAGGUGGUGGAGCUGUCCAGGGAUAAAGGCUCGUACUUCGGCUGCCUGGUGCAGGACUACCUGAGCUACAUGGGCGAGGGUGCGGGCACCCAGGCCUGGCAGGGCUAUGCCUCGGGACUGGAGCUGCUGCAGACUCUCCGCCAGUUUAUCACUCAGAUGAAGAGCUACCUGAGACAGAGCUCCGAGCUAGAGCCGCCAAUCGAGAGCCUCAUUCCUGAAGACCAGAUCGACCUAGUCCUGGAGAAGGCCAUGCACAAAUGCGUCCUGAAGCCCCUCAAACCGGUGGUGAGUGUGGCCCUGCAGGAGUUCCAGGUACGCAGCGGGGAGUGGCAGGAGCUGAAAGAGAACCUAGCAUUGGCAAAGGCCCGGCAGCCACAGGAAAUGGGCGCGGCCGACACACUGCCCCCGGACCCCAUGGCCAUAGAGAAGAUCAAGCACAAGUUCCACACCAUGAGUAAACUGUACUCCCCAGAGAAAAAGGUCACCAUGCUGCUGAGAGUCUGCAAACUCAUCUACACCAUUAUGGAGGACAACUCAGGUCGUCUGUACGGUGCUGAUGACUUCCUGCCCAUGCUGACUUAUGUGUUGGCCCAGUGCGACAUGCCCCAGCUGGACAACGAGAUCCUUUACAUGAUGGAGCUGCUGGACCCCUCUCUGCUGCAUGGAGAAGGUGGCUACUACCUGACCAGCGCGUAUGGAGCUAUGUCCCUGAUCAAAAAUUUCCAGGAGGAGCAGGCAGCCAGAGUGCUGAGUUCUGAAACAAGAGACACACUGCAUCAGUGGCACCGCCGACGCACCACCCUGCGCUCUGCACCUUCCAUCGAUGACUUCCAGAACUACCUGCGGGUGGCGCUGCAGGAGCUGGACAGCGGCUGUACAGCCAAAACCCUCCAGGUUCGACCUUAUGCCACAGUGGAGGAGGUGUGUCAGCUGUGCGCCCAGAAGUUUAAAGUGUCAGACCCUGAGAACUACGGCUUGUUCCUGCUGAUGGAGGGCAGCAGCCAGCAGCUGGCACCAGACACCCACCCUCAGAAGAUCAAGGCUGAGCUCCACAGCCGCUCACAGGCUACACCCUUCCACUUCGUGUUCCGCCGCAUAGCCAACAGCAACACCUCCUCGUCAGCUCCCCUCAAUGUUACGCCCAACCUCAACGACCUCACCGUGACCUCUGACCCCCAGGCCAACCUGAAUGACCUCAGCAUGGACCUGUCAGCCCCCUCCCCCCGGCCCGCUCUCAGCUCAGGCCUCAGUCCCACUCUGAGCCUCAGCCUGCCGCCCACCCACCUCAAUGGCAACUCUAUAUCUAUAUGACUGGAACAGCAGGGCCGACUGGAAGUUUGAACGGGGUCUUUGUCUCCCAGCCGUGACAGUAUCGCCCAUUAUCUCUAACAAACAUGCUUCCGUAAAGGGUUCAACUGGGCAAAACGCUGUGUCGUGCCAGUCUUUGCAAAGACUUCUCCUUUUGGAUGGCACGUCUGUCUCAGUCAACAUCCCCUCGCUGGAAAGUUCUGUCAGACAGACAUGGGUGAAAGAGGAAAAGAAGAAAGGAGAGAAGGAAAUGAGAGGUUUUUUUUAUUUCCUCAGCUCUAUAUUUGGUAUCCGAGCAACACUCUCAAAGUCUAAACACAUGGUUAAAGCAGUGAUAUCGGAGAUAAUGAACACGAAAGUGUGUUCACAGUCCUGCCUUCAUGCUGGUGCUUCACAUACAGAUUCAGGGUAACCUGUUAUUGUUGUCACCUUUAGGGUAUAUAGAGGGAAAUCAGAUCUCAGAUCCAUGUGAGACUAAUCUUUGAUCAAUCACUUUAAAUUUACAGCAUUGUUUAUUUAGGUGAUAGCUAUAACUUUGUUUUACUCAUGGUACAGUUGCUGGUAAACUGUUAUGUUGUUUGUGUUUUGAAACUGUUUCUCCUUUAGAUUGUUUCUAUGUUUUGACGGGUUUGGCGACACCCAGUGGUGGCUGGUGCACACAGCAAGAAUUCAACAAUACGCCUUACUGCAACAACAUUUAUCUGAAGAAAAUGUGUAAUGUAAAAAAAUAUAUAUAUAAAGUGCUGUAGCAAAGUUAAAAAUGAUUUUCCAACGCACAUUAGAAGAUAAUCCAGGUAUAUGAAAUCUAUGCUGCGGCCUCUAACUCCAGAUUCAUUGAUGAACAUUAAAUAUGAACCUUGUUUACACACAGUAAAUGGCUUUUGGUGGUAGCAAACACACACAUACUGUGUGAGUUGUGUUGGAAACUGAACAUGUAUGGCUUGUAGGGGGGAAACAGCACUUUGCAGCAACUAAUCUACAACUAGAUUUUCUACUUCUCAUUAAAAGAAAAAGAGCUGUACAGAUACAACCUUAACAAGCCAGCAGGCAUUAAAAGAGUACGCCAUCCAUUUAGCAUUGCACUUCCAUAACAUUGUUUGACUCACGCUGGACAGUUUUUGGAAAAGGAUCAAAAUCAGUGAACAGAACCAGAGAUAUUACCUCUUUUAUUCCACAUGUCCUUGUUAAAAGCUGUUGCCUCCAUUACCCACAAUGCAAACUAGGGAUGACACUUAAUUUUGCUUUUAAAAGCCCUACACCCAUUAACCGAUUACUAACUGGGUAUUUUGUAGAAAAAAAAAUUAAAUGACAUUAAAAACAAGAGGCACUUUCCUUUUAGUCCAGCGCACCAUUGACUCAGCGUCACAUUUCAAACUGGUAUUCAUUUAGAGGUGAUGAGAUUUUGAUGUUUUAUGAUGCUCGUGUUUUGCCUUUUAUUUUCUGUUGGCUUUGCUGACACAUGGCCAGCUAGCUGCAUUAACCUGCAGAAACAUGGUGCCUACUUGCUCCUGGUCUCCACUGUAUAGUGAGCCCAGAUCGGGUGGGAGCGAGCUAGUGCUGCUCAUUCUGUGAUUGCCAGUAAUGUUGUCCUUACUCAUGGUGGCAGGACAGCAUGGCUGUGGAAACAUGGUGGCCAUCCUUUGGUCUCCCGCGGGUCGCCCCAUGUGAGUCAGCGACUCAGUCAGCGAGUAUGUCUCAAAUCACGUACUUUCGUUAGUGUAGUACACUGAAGUCUACUACACUGAAGUGUACUAUGUACAUUAUGUACUUUUUGCACGGUGCACUAGUUUCAACACGUAGCCUAAUGUCGCAUCUUACGCUCUGCUGUUUUUUACUUACUGGAAGUGACAACAGCCUUGUGUUUUUUUUAACUGCCUCUUCUUCUUCUGUCUUCUUUUGAAACAGCAAAUUGCAAACAGACGGUGGAGCAUUAUCACCAACACUUGACCGCUAUCUCCACUCACACAUAAACCAAACUAACACUACAAUGUCAAUGCUGAAUAAAAUGUGUUGCCAUUGCUAGGAGCAAGUUAGCUAGCUAGCGAGCGCUAUUGUUUGCGGUACCAAUUCAUUACAGACCCAACAAACAAUUCUCAUGGCUUCUAUUUGACAACAGUAUUGGAACUUAGUGUAAAAAAACAUGCACAAUUUACAUCUGUAUAAUGCAGCAGUGUUCACUGUAGCCAGCUCAGGCUUGUUGUCUCCAGCCGCCAUGUCAAAAGUUAAGAAGUUUGUGAUGCAGUGGAGGGUGAGAAGUGUCCAUCAUUCCACACUUAACUUUUAAACCAUUUUGCGCCAGUAGUACUUUGCAUUUUCCCGUACUAUGCAGUGUGAACACACUCAGCGCACUUGUGCACUCAAAGUGCUUAGUGUUUAGUACAGAAGUAUGUGAUUUGAGACACACUUAUUAUUUUGAGCUGCAAAAAUCAGUAGCAUUGUUUACUAAGGUAUGUUAACACCACUAGUUAUGCUGAUGCUGGCACUGAUGCUGACAGAGCUAACAGUGGUUAAUAGUGCUAAAGGGAUUUUGCGGCUGAACAUUAGACGCUUACUCACCAGGGCAACCUGACUGGGAGACCGUAGGGUAACCACCAUGUAUCCACAGCAACAUGCGGUGUUGCAGCACUGCUAGCUAGCUCCCACCCAACCCACCUGGUGCACAGUGCAGAGCAGCUAGCUGACGAGUGUAGCAUGUACACCUUAUUAGCUUUGUUCUCGAUGUGGUAAAGCAUAGAGCCUGUCCUACUACUAAACUGAGAAAUAGCAAAAUUAAGCUAAAGACCAACAUGUGUAACCCUUCAAAUUUAACCACUGACGUCGCCAAGCUGCAAAUGCUCCAUAAUGUCAGAAAAACUUUGUUGCCAAAAGUGUGCAGACAAGGAAAAAAGAGAGACAAGAUGUGGCAUUUUCUCUGUUUACUUGUUGGAGUCAAACAAGCCUCAUUUUCUGUUUCCAUUUUACAAUGGAUGAUAAUCAAAUAACAGUCUAUUUCUUUAUCAGAUCUACUGAUGAGCUACAUGCAGCAUUUCCUGGGCAUAAAGUAGCAUAUUUCAGACAGACCCUGACUUUAUCAAUGAAGGGUUUAAUAUAUAAUAUGGCAUUUUUAUAUGAUAAGGAUUAACAUUUUAAAAUGUGUAAAUACUUGUUAUUGCAUGUAGUUUAAGUGUAAUGUUAGAUACAGGCAGGUCUGCCAGUGUUUAAAACAUGUAACAUUCAUUUAUGUAUGUACUGAUUAUCCUGGUGAUAUGAAAGAUACUGUAUCAUACCUGAUAUCUAUUGCUUGUUAAGGGGCAUCUUUUCCAUUCAGAUUCUGAUAAUAUGUGAUGGAGGAAAGACUGGCUGCCAUAUUACAAAGCUUUGUACUACUGACAAAUGUUUAAGGUUUUUAUCCUGGUGAAAAAAAAACACACUGUGGUCAGUUAUAGAAAGGAUGUGCGAAGUUCAAAGCUGGUCUGAGAGAGAAUGUUACUGAGAUGGGCUCACUCUGCAAUAUAGUCUACAUCAGUAUUAAGUUUGGUGAUGUCAGUUAAAAAAAAUACUUGAAAUUUUCUUGUGAAUUUUAAAGGUUCCAGUAGAUGGAAAAUCAAAUUAAUGUGCUGUUUAUUUACUGAGUGUGUUGAACUAUAACACUCCAUUCAUUCCCAUUUUACAGCAUCAUGAGGUCUAAAUGUGUGAGGUGUGGUCAGUAGAGAGGGAACCUGAGAGCUGUUGGAGGAGUCGACUGGCAUUAAUGUCAUGUAUGGUCAGUAUAACCUGUACGGAGCUCACCGUGUUUAUCUCUGGGGGCCAAGUGUUCAAAGUUGAAUUGACUCGUACUGCCAUGCUAUUGGUAAUCUAACUUUCUUUGAUUAAGUGACUAUUUAUAUGUCUCUGUGCGGGGAUUUUUCACAGAUGGCUUUACCAUGUCUAUAAUAUUCUUUAUGGUGUCAAAAUGUCAUUUGCAUCCAGGAGACAUCUUCCUGUUCAUUAUAUGUCAUUGAAUGAUAUAAAAAAAUAUUCUUUUGCACUUAAUAAAUGUUAGAAAUGGAAUAAC